AUGGUUAGACUGUUUAGAAGUGGUUCAAAGAGUUCUCGUGGCGAAGAUACACAACAGACAACUGAUCGAAAGGAUGAUGAGGAAGAUAUAACAAUCAGUGCACCAUUGUCACCUUUGACUCAUAUGCUUCAUGUCAGUAGUGACUUUAAAUGGAAGUCAAGAGAACCAGAUGCAUUCUUGUUUGAGGAUAUGCUUGGCGAGGGAUCUUUUGGCGCCGUAUACAAGGCCACGCACAGAGACAGUGGCUACACAUUGGCCAUCAAGGUGUUCAACAAGAAGGACGACACGACAAUGAUCGAGAAGGAGAUUGAUAUAUUGCGCAGGUGUAACAGUCAGCACUUGGUCUCCUACUUUGGAUGCUUCAGUCCGCGACCCUGCAAAGAACUUUGGAUACUGAUGGACUUUUGCGGGCUGGGCUCCAUCGCCGACAUUAUGAAGUCGGCACAGCGCACACUCAAGGAGCGCGAGAUCGCACUCAUAUGUAAACAGGCACUGGAUGGUCUACUCUAUCUUCAUGACAAUCAAAUCAUUCAUCGCGAUGUCAAGGCCGCCAACAUACUCCUAACAGAGAGUGGCAUUGUCAAGAUUGGAGACUUUGGAGUAUCAUCACAAAUAAUGUCAACCUUUUGCAAGGGUUCAAUUGCAGGCACUCCUUAUUGGAUGGCACCAGAGAUACUUAAAGAGGAAGAAUAUAGCAGCAAGGUGGACAUUUGGUCACUCGGUAUAACGGCAAUAGAGAUGGCAGAGGGAGACCCACCACUUCAUGAUGUCAACCCUGUAAAGGCAAUGUUCAUGGUACCACGUAAGCCUCCUCCUACGCUUACUGAUCCAAAGAAGUGGAGCAUUGAGUUUGUUUCAUUCGUAGAGUGCUGUCUGAUCAAGGAAAUCGACAGACGUUCUUCAGCACAGACAUUGCUCAGCCAUCCAUUCAUCCAAGCCGCAAAGCCAGAUGCUCUCAAGGACUUGGUGGCAUUGGCGCUAAAGAAUAGGAAGAGAAAAUCAAAGAACUCCAAACAAGUUCUUUCACCAGAGAUGUUGAGCAUGAAUGCAUCAUCAACCAUUCAUUCAGAUGACUCUUCAAUAUCAUUGCACGAGCAGGUGAAGGACAGGACUGUAUUUGGAAAUGGUACAACAAACAAUAAUCAAACAGUAUAUAAUAGUGGAUCAGUAGUAUAUGGCAACGAUAGUGUCUAUAUACCAGAUGGUGCAAGCAUCAAUGGCAAUGGCAGUGUUGGUGGCAGUGUAAUAAUGUCCAAUGGCAAUGGCAAUGGCAAUGUUGGAACAGUCAAUGGCAAAGGUUCAAUACCAUUCAGUGAUCCAAUUGAAGCAAUCGUACACAGGGAGAAGAUGAAGAAUGAAGCGGCCAAGAAGAGAAAAGAGGAACAGAAGCAGCAGCAAGACACACCAACUUCAACAGACACCUCUGGAACUAAGACAGUUAAACGGGUCACUAUCAAGGAACCACCAGAGCAACCGCAACCUCAACAACAAUAUGAUACAGUUAUUGUCCAUCGUGAUGACACUAUGGUCAAGUCAAGAACUUUGGCAUCAGCAAGCAGGGCAUCGAUUAGCCUUGCCGAAUCCAAAGAAAGAGUUAAAACAUUGGUUGGCAACACGCCCAGCACAACAGAAUUGUCUGGGUCAGACUCAUCCAAGUUGACGUCCAAGCAGCGCAGUGAUAAUACUGUCAAGCGGAAUCUUUUAAUCUUUGGAGUAGUAUUCCUUAUAGUUCUCAUCAUUGUUACAUCAGUUAGACGGUUUUGGUCACAGAUAACCGGCGAUUCUCCACAACCACCAAGGUUUCAUUAUUUCUUUCAAUCAGACAUGGAUUAG